GAGGCUGCGCUGAGGCUGCGGGGCCGGAUGGCCGAGCCGCCCGCCCCGCUCACUCGGGCGGCGGCCGGCGGCGGGCGAGGAGACGGGGGCGAGCCCUCCGUGCCGGGAGAGCCAGCGGAGCCAUGGUGUCAUGGAUCAUCUCCAGGCUAGUGGUGUGAGUAGCCGCCGGCGAUUAGCAGCGCGGGGAUAUUACGGGCUUAUAUUUGGCACUCUUUACCCAGCAUAUUAUUCUUACAAAGCCGUGAAAUCAAAGGACAUCAAAGAAUACGUCAAAUGGAUGAUGUACUGGAUAAUAUUUGCGCUCUUCACGACAGCAGAGACGUUCACGGAUAUCUUUCUUUGUUGGUUUCCAUUCUACUAUGAACUCAAAAUAGCUUUUGUAGCUUGGCUGCUGUCUCCAUACACAAAAGGCUCCAGCCUGCUGUACAGGAAAUUUGUUCACCCAACGCUGUCUUCAAAAGAAAAGGAGAUCGAUGACUGCCUCGUCCAGGCCAAAGACCGGAGCUACGAUGCCCUCGUGCACUUCGGGAAGCGGGGCCUGAACGUUGCGGCCACAGCAGCUGUCAUGGCAGCUUCCAAGGUCUCUCAACUACUUCAUUUACACUUGUAUUUGGACCAGAAAAAAGGGCAGGGACAGGGGGCCCUGUCUGAGAGACUAAGGAGCUUUAGCAUGCAGGAUCUCUCAACAAUUCGUGGUGACAGCAGCAGCACUGUUCCUCCUUCGGUCACUGUACGAACAAGUAGCAAACAGAGCCAGCCAAAAACAUCCAGAAGUGCAUCGGAAGGCACUGGCAGCUCAGUGUGCACGUGUUGCUCAGUAUGCCGACUCCUCAGAGAUGUGAACGAUAAAUAUGAAAAGCCACGUGAGGCAAACUGUGAAACGAAAGACUCUGUGUUCUCAGAUGAUGAAGAGAACGAUUUAUUGGAUGGUGCAUCCAUGAACAAAAGGCCUAAAAAGAAGGAUCAACCCCUUGAGGCACCGCCUAGGACCCUUAGACCUCGCAUCAGGAAGAAAAGUACCUCGUCCUCUGCCACUGAAACAAUGUGAGUGCAAUGAGCCAAUAGCACCAAGAUCCACAGAAUGUCUCUCUUCUGCCUUAAAGAGCUACUCGUUAAUAAUGUAGGAAACAGCAGUGGGAUGGAUGUGCUUCGAUGUACAGCGUUGUAGACAUGGCCUUCCUCGCUCCUGUCUCUGUAUCCCGUCCCACGCUUCUCGCGUUUGUCAGCAACGUGGUUAGGACAGUCUGACAGACACCUGCAGAUGGAGAGUUCUUGUUUUGUUUGCUGUGUAUCCCCACUCACGCUAAUCCUGUAAGGCUGUACAUUUACACUUCUCAUUGUGUCUGCAUAGCUCUAGCUCUGUGAAUGCACAGCAACAACGAAAAUAAUCAGUUGCUCGUGAUGAUACACCGGCAGUGUAUUUAUUUAUGGCUUUAUCAUUAAGGAAGUGGAUUUGCAGAAGCCAUGGAUUUCUCUUCCCUCUCUUCCUCCUCAAGCCUGUGAGCGAUGUAACAAAUGCCUGAGUGCUUUAGCUGUGUGAAAAUGUCCAAGACUCAUGAGGGAAAGCUGAGCUGUAAUGCUGUUUCUCUUUCUUCAAGUGGAUCACAUGUAUUCUGAUUAAAUCGUUGUGCUAAAAAGACACAGAGACAGAACUUAGGAUGAGGAAGAGAUACACAAGAGGAAAUGAUUGGCUUCAACAAUGUAAUGAAGGGGGGAAGUCUUAAUUUUGAUCAUCCUGAGCCAGGAGAGUAUUGUGUGGAAAAUGAUGGCGGUGAGAAAACUGGAUCGUAUCGCUUGCGGCAAAUGUUCUACUGGCAGUCCUGAAGUAUGAGCAAGGCAGUCGUGUAGUAGCUGCAGCAACACAUUAGAAUUGCUUUAGUGACUCGCUUCCAGGGGAAAAUGAACCGUUCUCCCCUAACAGCCCCAGUCCCAGCGUUCUGCUUUCCUGGUGUGGUGCUGGAGUUUCCCUUACACAAGCAGAGCAGGGCGCUGGGGCUCAGCUGCUUUUUGAGGCCUGGAGUUUUGCCUGUAGCAUGGAAUUUGGUUAGAACCACGAGAACCAGGUGGAGUGUUGUAUUUGUAUCCGUAUAUAAACGAGAAAUAUAAAAGAAGAGGAAGAUGUUGUAGGGUUUGUGUAUUUGUGCUUCAAGUUGGUGUCUCUUGUAAGUGUUAAGCAUGUGAAAUUCACACAUAAGUUAAUUACGUGGCCCUUUGUGUUUGCUCUCAGACCUAUCUCAUAGAGUAGAAAACCAUUUAGCAUUGGAACGUGCCCUCACUGAUGAAUGACGGGCCGGAACCUGAGCAGUACGAUUCACUUAGUUGAGGUGCAGCAGCCCGGGAUGCCAAUAGCCGGUUGGAGUGUAUCAGGCUCAGAGAUAAAUCUGAAGUGGCCUUUAAAAGCUUUUCUCUGCCGGAUAUGCAUCGGCAGCCUGGAUGUCCCUGCCUGAUGCAUCCUCGAGGUCCCCCCAGAGCUUGCGAUGUAUGUGGGGAAGAGAGAAGUCAGCCAUGCGCACACACUGAUGUUUAUCCGACCAGGCUAGGAAGUGGAAAAAGCAAGCGGGUAUUUCCUGAGUCUGCCACCAUGUUUGGCCCCAUUACCUGAGAACUGUGUUUCCUUCACACGUGUAAUGCAAUUGUAUUUUCCAAUGGGUGAGAAGGAAGAAGCCUUCAGAAAAUACACUGGAAACAAACAAACAAACAAAUAGAAUUACAGAAGAGUCAGCCCUUAUGAGAUACUCAGCAAAUGCUUGGAGGAGCUAAGCUUGUGUGUUUUAUUUUAAAGCAGCUUUAAAGUUUGUUUGAUUUAUUUUGGCAAACAUUAAAAAGAAACAGCAAAACCGCCUGCAGUGUUAGCAGAAAUGAGAUCCUGUUGCAAGCAAGCCGUGUUUCCAUGCUAUGCAAUAGGUUGCCAUAAGAGAAAAAGCUGACAAGUUUGCACUCAAUUAUGCCAAAAAAAACCCCACAAAACAUGGAGCCACUUAACAUCUGAUCAGUUCUACUCUCAGACAUGCUGGAUUAACAUUGAUUCUCACUCAAAUUAUUAAAUGUGUCUAAUCUGCUGUUUUACUGUAAACUUUGACUGUUUGGAUUUUCUUAAGUGCUGAGGUGAAAUUGUUGACAAGGGAGUUGCCUUAUAUCUCUCCAAACAUCCAUUGUGUAAAUGAGACAAAUAAACCUUUUCAUAUCUCUGGCAAAAAAAAAAAAAAUGUAUUAAUUUAUCAACGGAGCUGUAUAUUUGUGUGUAGAUAGACAAGAAAUGUGAAUGCCGACCCGCGUGCACUUCGUGCUGUAGUGUUCUGUGUACAGAAGAGAACGGUCAUUUGCUUUUGAUUCCUCGUUUUCCACACACAGGUUGUUUACAGGUGUCGCCCCAGCUCUGUCAUUUCACCCUGUGGCUAUUUGCAUUCAUUUAAAAUAAACAUCAGACGUGAA